UCGCGCCGAGCCCCUGCGCGGGGCAUGAGGAGCCCCGGGGCGCCGCCCGGAGACGGAGAGGACCCGGCUGCGCGCACACCUCGCCAGCGGCGGACGGGGACAUGAGCGGCGCGCGCGGGCUCCAGCGCCCGGCGGCCAGCCCCAGCCCGCGGCGGCCGGCGGGUCGGCGCUGCCCGGGAGAAUGAGGCAGGAGCCCGCGGCAGCCUCCUCCUCCUCCUCCUCCUCCUCCUGCUGCUGCUGCUGCUGCUCUUCGCCUUCCUCCGGCUCCGGCGCCCCGGGCCCCGGCCGGGCUGUGGCUCUGCUGCGUGCCCCGCGCGCCCCCCGCCCGCCUCCGGAUGCGCUGCUCGGUUAGCCUGGGGCGGAAGAUAAAGACAUUUGCCACCAAGAUGGUAAUCACGAGUGGAAAUGAGGAGGACAGAGAGGGCCAGGAGAGAGAGAGUAAGGAAGAGAGUGUCUUGGCGAUGCUGGGGAUUAUCGGGACCAUUCUGAACCUGAUUGUUAUCAUAUUUGUAUACAUAUACACCACUCUGUGAAUGGCCCAGAGGGUGCUUGGAGGCCUCGGGGUGGCCGCAAGAUGGGAGUCCUGUGUGUCGACAGAUCCGUGAUCGGACGCUGCGCAAACAAGCAGGCUUGACCUACACACGCUGCUCAAGCAAAUGCACCUUCGAACUUUAUAAAAGGUCACAAAUACAAACCAAUCCUGCUGCAAGGAGCAGACACUAAAGCACAAUGAAUCCAACAAAACUCAUUCACACGACAAGGAACUCUGCGUCUUUGGCCCGGAGCCCGAGAGAACACUUGGAAGACCAGCCUUUGAUGCCAUCGGUGAGCAGAUGGGUGCAGAAACUCAUGAUCGCAUAUCUCUGAUGGAUGUCACGCCUUGGGAGAGAGGAGCAGGGCGGCGCGGCUCGUGGGUGUGUCUCCCAGGACAUGCGCUUCACCUUUACUCAACGAGCCGUUCAGGAUGCGAAACCACAGGGGCAGCCCUUUGACAGACAUCCUAUCCAUCAAAAGUGUCUGACUAUUUGAUACUGGGGAGAUAACUUAUUUUUCUUUUUUCAUUGGCUUGAUGUGUGUACCUGUUCAUAUCAAGGUUUAUAAAUCUAUAUUUUUAAUAAAUGUGCUCUAUUUUUUAGCAUGAACCAAAUAUUUGGAGAGGCACUCCUGGAGUCCUAGAGCUUUCCUUGGUUUUAUCUGCUUCGUCCCGUAGACUGCAGGUGUUCUGUGGUAUAACCAUCCUAGUCCUGCUUCCAACAUCUUGAGUCUUUUACCUUCUCUCUCUCUCCUCUCUUUCUCCUUCUCUCUCUCCCUUUCUCUCUCUCGGGCCUGGAGGACAUUUUCCCAUAAUACCAGCCAUGGUCCUGGUCGAUGCAUGUUUCCAGAUUGUCCGUUGAGCGGCUUUUUUUGUUUAUAUGGGAGAUCUAAACUGAUCGUGGGCAUGUGGACCUUAGUUGCACCCAUAUCCUUAUUGAGAAUUUUGCAUGAACAAGGGCCGAGUGAUAGAUCAGCUUCUCAGAAAUGUAAAAAGGACAAUCGGAAGGAGAGAGGGCAGCUGUAUUUACAGGUCAACUCUGGGACGGAAUAGCUUAUACUUGUUGGCAGCAUUAUAAUUUCGUUCUUGUGACCAUUUGUUGACCAAAUUCUUAUUUUAAUGGCCACAUACCGUGCAAGAUGGGGGGAGCGGGUAAAGGCCAGUACGAGUGCAUAAUCCCCCCCUUAGCGCACUGCCUGGGACCUUUUACAAUGUAGGUGGGGUGUAAGUAGCAUGUGGGCUCCCCACCAUGAGAGCUCACGUGGGUGUUUCAGGCUGCAAGGACCCCCUUGUGACAGGUGACUUUUUAAAGACACAAGAGGGGGACAGAACGAUCACCCCCAAAAGAUUGCUGUGCUUAUUUUAAAAUCUUCUGGUUUACACCCACAUGGAGCUACGUCCUCCCUGGUAGGGAUGGGUGAAUAUAGACAAAUCUGCCCUGUUCUCGCAGCUCCCUGAGACGGGUCUUUGCCUGGCUGUGGCAGCGUGUCCUGAUGAAGAGGGCCGCAGUUCCUUUUGCCAGUGCCAGACUUUUCCAUGAAUGAAAAAAGCAGCAGCUUGCCUCGUUGGCUUCAAAUGAUGCCCAGGAGGUCUCUACCGCCAGAUCUCUCCCUCCCCUUGUUGUGGCAUCUGAAAUUCCACCAUUAGAGAGUCAUUUCUUGUGCUCUUCUAAGGGACCAGGUUCUUUUAUAAAGCGAAUGCCCCUGAGCACCUGGCUCUGACAUUAUUCGUCAGGUGUCUUCUCUUCCCUACCAGAAGGAAGCAGACCUGCAUUUAGGGCAUGCUGUGUGCCGGGCGCUGUGCCAAACACUUUGUAUUCCUUAGGUCAUUGAAUUCCCCCUGUGACCCUAUGAGGUGUGGGGGUGGGUCUUUUCCCAGGAUUGUAAAAGAAAGAGGGGCUCAGAUCAUGUGGCUGAAACCCCUGAUCUGACUGAUUCCUUAGCCCAGAGAGGAAAUACACAGGAGGGGAAGGUGCAGGAAAGGGCCCUCGGGGUCAGGUCACAAAUCCGAUGGCUUUGCUAAGGGCCAGCUCUGUACACCUCCCUCCCUCUCCUCCAUAAAAAUAAAUAACCCUUAGGAACGCCUUGGACAGAAUAUCCUACAAAUAAGGACGAGGGACAACAGGCUGGUCAGAAAUAAAAUGGGAUGUUGGGGGAGGGAGCUAUCUACCGGGUUCUUUGUGAUUCUAGAAAGACUGUAUGAAAAUUCUGAACAGUGAACAGAGUGAACAAUAAA